AUGGAGCCGAGCUGGCUGCUGUGGGGCGCCGCGCUGCUGCUGCUCCUGCUGCUGCCCGCGCUCCUGGCGCUCAGCCCCGCCGCCCACUUCCAGCUCAAGAUCGGUUUCUACUGCCUGCUGUGCAUGGCGGCCUCGGCGCUGGCCGCCCCGCUCUGCCUGCUGCGGCACGGCGGCCGCACCGUGCGCAACAUGAGAAUCAUCAAAAAUAUCGUUAAGACUUUCAAGUAUAUUUAUGGCCUGAGGUUUGAGGUGAAAGGACUGGAGAACUUCCAGAACGAGAGGCCAUGUGUCAUCGUGUCAAACCAUCAGAGCAUCCUGGACAUGAUGGGGUUGAUGGAAAUCCUCCCAGAUAACUGUGUUCAGAUCGGCAAGAAGGAGCUGCUGUACACUGGCCCUGUGGGCCUGAUAAUGUACCUGGGUGGCGUCAUCUUCAUUAACAGGAAGAGUACGAGCAGUGCCAAGACGGUGAUGUCUGGGGUUGCCCAGACCAUGCUGGAUGAGAACGUGAAGGUGUGGAUAUACCCGGAGGGCACAAGGAACGGGAAUGGUGACUUGUUACCAUUCAAGAAAGGAGCUUUUCAUAUCGCUGUACAGGCACAGGUUCCGAUUAUUCCUGUGGUGUAUUCCUCGUUCUCUUCGUUUUACAAUCCAGCCAAGAAGCUAUUUAUAUCAGGUAAAAUCCGGGUUGAGGUGCUCCAGCCAAUUGAGACCAAGGGCCUGAAGGCCGAGGAUGUCACGGACCUCACGGAGCGAUGCUACUGCACCAUGAGGGAGACCUUUUUCAGAUUAUCUGGCAUGACGAGUGAGGCGAACGGCUCAAUGCAGGGCCCUCAACAAUAGUAUUCCCAAAUAGCAGGGACUGAAAGGACCUAUUUCCAUUGCCAAAAUAUCCAAGGGAUUUCUCCCCUUCCUUUGCAGCAGAUUUGGGCAAAUCCUAAACCUCUGCUUAGGGUAACCUUAGUUGACACACCAUUUGUUGGUUCAGUUCUACUAUUCGGUGAAUCUCUUUUGUGGGUUAUCUCCCAUGGGGAAUUGUCUCCUGCACUCGGUUUAUCAAACACCCUACAAGUGCUAGUGAAGGGCUCUUGUCCUGAUGCCCAGUGCAGUGACCAUUCUGAACUCUUCUGCGAGCUCCUGCCACGCUCAGGUAGCUGGGACACCUCGGUGUUGCAGAACACCAUGUUAAGGUCCUGGCACUGAGCACUGUAAGCUUGGCACUUGCCACAGCCAAUCCAUUGGAUGCCGAAGACCGUGUAAGGUACAUCUCUGCAGCCUCCAAAUGAUUAAAACUUGCUUUCAUCCUGUCCAUAGCUGUUUGGUGCUUGAGGAGGUGAGGGUGGGAGCAGUUCAGAUGGUGCUCUUCAUGUGGCUGUGCAUUCCCAGCACUUACUGGCAGGGACUGAUGCCCUAGUUGAAAUCUUGCUCACAGCUGAAAUUCAGCUUCUAAGACCUAUGCCCAGUGCUCAGUUUCAUUCUUCCCAGCCUCGAGUCUCACUUUAGACACAAUUUGGUUUUUUGUCAAAUCAACCUGUUUGGUGUGUUGUGUUUUGUUUGUUUGUGGGUUGUUUUUUUUUCUUUUUUUUUCAAAGACACUAAGCACCUGUGAUUCUGCUCAGAGACAAAGAUUGAAGACCAACCACUCACCUCUUCCUGAUGGAAUGGCCAAGUUGUAGCAGGGAACUGAAAUGUGCAGGAUGCUCUUACCAGAAGUCCUGGGGCAAGCUUUGUACAGAUGUCAGUCCCUUGCUCGCUCUCCAGACAGAGUGAGUUCCCCAGCAGUACUUCUGGCCAUCUUGCAGCCUAAGGCUUUCUUUAGGUGGGCCUCUAAACAUGCUUCCUUCGGGUUCUCUGGGCUAGGACAGGUGGGCCUUAUGGGGCCAGCUACUCUUGAUGCUGUCCCUUAAUGAAGUCAAGUUUCCGUGUCCACUGAGUGGACAAGCUCCAUACGGACUCAUUUAGGGAUGGCGUAGGAGGGGGAAAUGUGGAAACCUAAAACACCCAACCAAAUCUGUGGUAUAGUGUCUUGGUAGGUUUUUAUCUAAACACUUAGCAUCCCCAUAGAGGCUUGCAUUAUGGCAGCCAUCAGUCUCUCUCUAAACAAAAUCCCUGGGGUUUGUAAGUGAUGCAUUAACAUGCCAAGAACUAAACUAAAAGGAUGAGACAACCCCACAAAGAGACAGGGACUCUUCUCUGCUCAUCCCUAUUGUUUUUGCAUUACAGCCAGUGUCCCUGAUUUAGUAUAUACUCUUGUAUUCCACCUGAUGGCUUGCCUUUAGGAUAGAGCCAGGUAUAAUGGGCUGAGGGAAGGGUAGAUGCGGCACUUCCUUGGUAUUUGUUGCAAUGCUUUCAAUGCUCAAAUAUUUUGUUUAAAGUUGUUUUUAAUCUAGGUUUUGUACCUAGACUCUUUGCUGCUGCUCUUGCUUCCUAAGGGCUAUACUGUGCUAUUCGACACACUGCACAUCGACCAAAAGAGUGCCUGCCAUACAAACCUGUCUCGGAACGUUAGCCUUACUAGGACCGUUAGUGUUAGGCGAAAGCCAUGGUGCUGGAGAUGUAAAACAUGCUGGAUGGGAGAGGGGUAUUAUGGCCCUGAAUCAAUGUUUCCUUCGGUCUGAAUUUGCCAGCUGGAAAUAGCAGCUAGAGGGAUUCCUGGUAACUGAGUUUCAGACUCUUCUCACCCAGCAGUAGAAAUAUAGAGCUCCUGAAAGGGAGUAACAGCAGAGAUGUUUAUGCUCCCUGGGGGAGCAGGCCUUGACCAUGAAAACUCCCAGGGAUUUGCUUAGAGGCCUUGUGGAAAUGUUGCCUCAAGCUGACAAAGGCAGUGCAUCUCUUCAUGUAAAGUAAUCUUGUGCAAUGCAUCAUCCCCAAGCCUCCUGCUCAGUGGGUGGCAUUGGAGAUGAUGCUGUCUCAAUCACGGAAUUCCUAUUUUUUUCUAUAAAGGACACCAAAUCGAAUGCUUAAAAAGCACUAAUGCAGAACUGGGAGAAACCAAACACAGGAUGCUGGGAGUAGGUAGCUCCACAUGGUUCAGAGCUGCAGCUAGAGCUGUGUUUACAAAUGAAUAUUCGAGCAUCCAUCUGGUAAAAUCUGAUUUCAGUACAGAACCAGCCCUCCUGCUCUUCAGUUCUGAAAUCCAAAGCAGCACUUUUUUUCCUUCCAUAAGAAUGGCAGACAAAGUGGCUAUAUCCAAAUUCUUUGGGAGAUUUCAUACCCUCCUGCCCAGCAGCUCCGGUCUAGGGUGAGCAGUUGGGAUGGUAGGGUGGUUGUAAUGGGUGGAUAUUUUUUCUUUGGCCAAAGAUGACUCUGUAUCAGAUGUAUAAAUCUGUCUGUCUGUUUAUGACCGAAGUGGGAAAAGAGAUUGAGCGUGCACAAAGGCAGUUGUCUGCUGUUCUAUUUUUUAGUCGUUUAAACAAUGUAUGUUUGAUCAAAUGUACAUUCUUAUAAAGCAGUUAUUUAAAUAAAAA